AUGCGUUUGUUGACCUCACUAUCCGUGGGUGUUGCUUUGGUCGGCGCUGUUGCUGGCUUGGUGACCCCCUACACGAACACUUCUACUGGUCUCGGAGACUUCCCUUCGCUCAUCAAUGUUACCACGGAGGACCUUGCCACUGGUCUNGAGGCAGGACGCUUCACCAGUGUUGACCUGGUGAAGGCAUAUUCUGCUAGAAUCAUGGAGGUUAACAGCACUCUUCGCAUGGUUACCGAAAUCAACCCUGAUGCUCUUGCAAUUGCUGCAGAGUUGGAUGCUAUGCGAGCAAAUGGUACCAUUUUGGGACCUCUUCAUGGCUUGCCUAUUCUCAUCAAGAACAACAUUGCUACUGCCGAUCAGAUGAAUAACACUGCUGGAUCUUUCGCUCUGCUCGGCGCAAGGGUUCCUCGUGAUUCCACUCUGGCUGCAAAGCUGAGAAAAGCUGGUGCCAUCAUCCUCGGCAAGACCAACCUCUCGCAGUGGGCUAAUUACCGCUCAAACAACAGCACCAAUGGCUGGUCUGCGUAUGGCGGACAGACUGAAGCUGCUUAUUACCCUCACCAAGACCCCAGUGGUUCUUCCAGUGGUUCGGGUGUUUCUUCCUCACUUGGCCUUGCUCUCUCUGCUCUUGGCUCCGAGCUANNGACUUCUGGUUCUAUUCUUUCUCCUUCGGACGUCAACAACCUUGUCGGCAUCAAGCCUACUGUUGGUCUUACUAGCAGGUACCUGGUAAUUCCCAUCUCCGAGCAUCAGGAUACCGUUGGCCCAAUGGCAAGAACUGUCAAGGACGCAGCCUACCUUCUUCAAGCAAUUGCCGGCGUCGACCCUAAUGACAACUACACUUCAGCUAUCCCUAACAACGGCAGCCUUCCUGACUAUGUAGGAGCCUGUGACUACUCCGCCCUAGCAGGAAAGCGCAUCGGUGUAGCUUGGAACGUCAUCGACAUCUACGGCCCCAUCGACGAACCAGUCAUGACCGCCUUCCUAGACUCCAUCGCCUUGAUUGAGAAAGCAGGCGCCACCAUCGUCGACGCAAACUUUACAGCAUUCCCUCAAUACGUAAACGACAACAACGAAACCCUAGUCCUCAACGCCGACUUUUUGACAAACCUGCACACUUAUCUCUCCGAGUUGUCUUACAACCCCAACAAUGUCACCGAUCUUGCAGACGUCAGAAACUUCACUCAUGCGUUUGCUCAGGAGGAUUGGCCAGAUCGCGAUACAGCGGUUUGGGAUGAUGCACUGUUUAACCAAGGCUGGAAUAAUAGUGACCCACGCUUCUGGGCUGCGUACCAAGCGAAUCUUUACUACGGCGGUGAAGGCGGUAUCCUCGGUGCUCUCUCUCGCAACAAUGUUUCUGCUGUUCUGUUGCCUACCCAACUCUCUCCUGGUAUUCCUGCUUUGGUGGGCAGUCCCGUUGUCACUGUGCCCAUGGGCUUUUACCCUGCAGAUUGGAAUGUCACGUACAAUGCUAGAAAGACUUUGGUCGAGACGGGUCCUAAGGUACCGUUUGGUCUGUCGUUUAUGGGAGAUAAGUUCUCGGAGGCUGAGUUGAUUGGUUUGGCGUAUGCUUAUGAGCAGAGGACUAUGCACAGAGAUGAUGUGCAGCCAUACAUCAUUCCUAACAUCGAAUUGGGAGAUUUCGUCAAAUAA